GACGGUAGAAGGAAUAUUGGAAAAGUGUGGCAUACUUCACCCACUCCUCUUCGAAUUUCUGCAAAUCAUUAAACCAAACCAUAAACGCACAUAGGGAAGGUUCAUCAUCGUCCAACCAUGAUGAAUCGAUAAACAGCUCAACCCCACAACACAAUAAAAGUAGCUCCAUUUUUUAGGUCCAUUUCUCUAAAAAUUGAAGCAGGUUCAUAUGAAACCCCAAAGAAAAAACCGCUUAAACUGAGCUGCUGCUUCUGCACUGUCGCUUAUUAACUUCUCGAGGUUGAGCUAGCAGUGGAGGCUUUUAGUUGAUCGGUCAAUGAAGUUUUACAUCGCCUUAUUUCUGUUCCUAGCAUCAAUUUCUGGAGUUUUGCCACAAAAUGUCGAAGAGGCAUAUCUUGUGAUUAAUGGGACUUUACCUGUGGCUCAUACGGAUGCAAAUUAUAUUUGUGCUACUAUUGAUUGGUGGCCAACUAAUAAGUGUGACUACCAACAAUGUCCAUGGGGAUCUUCAUCUGCUUUAAAUCUGGAUUUGUCUCAUCCUUUUCUAGCCAAAGCGAUUCAAGCUUUUGAACGUUUGAGAAUACGAGUUGGAGGUUCCUUACAAGACCAAGUAUUGUACAGCGUAGGUGGUUUCUUGGGUCCUUGCCACCCGUUCUUCAAAAUGAAAGGGGGGCUGUUUGGGUUCUCGAAGGGAUGUCUUCAUAUGAGUAGGUGGGAUGAAUUGAACCAAUUCUUCAUUAGAACAAGAGCACUUGUGACAUUUGGCUUGAAUGCACUCCACGGGAGACACCAGAUUAAAAAGGGAGUUUGGGGAGGAGAUUGGAAUUCUAGCAAUGCCCGUGAUUUCAUAAAGUAUACGGUUUCCAAGGGAUAUCAGAUAGACUCAUGGGAAUUUGGUAACGAGUUAAGUGGCAAGGGGGUUGGUGCAAUGGUGGAAGCCGAGCAGUAUGGGAAUGAUUUGCUUGAACUUAGGGGAAUAAUUGACAAUACAUACAGGCAAUUCCGGCCAAAACCAUUACUCGUAGCACCAGGAGGGUUCUUUGACAAACAGUGGUUUGCUGAGCUUCUUAAAGUUUCAGGUUCCGAGAUUGUCAAUGUCAUGACACACCAUAUGUACAAUCUAGGCCCAGGUGUUGAUCCAAAUUUGGUGAAAAAGAUUUUAGAUCCACGUUUCUUGAGUCGGGCAUCUGUCACAUUUAAUGAUCUUCAACAAACCAUUCAAACUGAUGGCCCCUGGGCAUCUGCUUGGAUCGGAGAAUCUGGUGGGGCAUACAACAGUGGCGGCCGUCAUGUUUCAGACACUUUUGUAAAUAGCUUCUGGUAUUUGGAUCAGCUUGCAAUGGCAGCUAAGUAUCACACGAAAGUUUAUUGCCGACAAACAUUAAUUGGAGGAAAUUACGGUCUCCUCAACAAAACUACAUUCAUGCCUAACCCUGAUUACUACAGUGCGCUUCUUUGGCAUCGGCUUAUGGGUACUGGAGUUCUUGACGUUGACAGAAGAAACAUCGGACCACAUUUGCGGACUUAUGCCCAUUGCUCAAAAGGGAAAACGGGUAUAACUUUGCUUCUGAUCAACCUAAGCAACCAGACUCAUUUCAAACUCGGUGUUCACAACAUUCUGAACAUGAAUCUGCGUACAACUCAACACGAAACCUCGAAAAAGAAAACAUCACUCGUCCAUGGUCUCAAAACAACAGUCUCGUGGGUCGGAUCGAAAUCUACGGAUGAAGAGUUGUCACGAGAGGAGUACCACUUAACGCCUCAACAUGGAUAUAUCCGGAGUAAAACGAUGCUUUUAAAUGGUGUUCCAUUGGAGCUAACCAAGAACGGAGACGUCCCAAGUUUCAGACCUGCCAUGGUGAAGCUGAACACUCCGAUCUCUAUCGCUCCUUUAUCCAUCAAGUUCUUGCAGUUUCCGAACUUUGAUGCGCCGGGUUGUACAUGAUGCUUCUGUGUUUGUACUUUGCGAAACUUGGUUGUGUUUGUUGUGUGUUCACUUGUAUACAUAAAUCAUGCUCUCUUAAGUGUAAAAAAACCGAAAGAAAAUUGUAAGUAUGGUAAUUCCUCUUGUUUUAGUGUAGUGAAGUUAUCAGCUGUUUGGGAGAUCUAAGAAAAGUUUGCUUUAACAGUUAUGUUAAAUUUUUCUCUAUUUAAAAGGAAAAAAUAGAGAACUGUUAUUUUUAUU